GGGUAGCCACUGGAGAUGCUCAUGAUUUGUGAUUAUUGCCGCCGUGGUUAGUGAGAGCGAAUCGUGGUGAGAUCGCAGCUGAGGUGCUGGCAGUGAGACGCGGGUAGCGCUGAGGUCCUGGCCUUCCCUAGUGUGGGCAGUGGUAACUGCUGAGAGGAUUUGGAAGUGUUGGAAGUCCAGUCGUUAGCAAGUUCCAGGAGUGACGUUUCGGCUGAAGCAAGACUGUGUCAUCAGUCAUCUGUCGCCUGAUACCGCAGUGCAUCUUAUACGACCUGAAUUAGCUUCAUUCGGCUCGGAGUGACGCGGGGUUUUCUGUCGAGCCUGUAUCAGCCAGAGCUGCCAGUGGCCAGUGUCGGUGUCACUCGGUGUCAGUGUGUCAGUGUCGGAGAGCUGCCGUCGCCAUGGCGUGGAGUCAGUGGCGGAGCAGUGUCACCCAGGCGGCUCAGCGGGUGGCGCGCGGCACCGAGGCCUGGAUCCAGGCCCAGGGCGCCGCCAAACGAGCCGAGCAGCAGCGGCGCACCGAGGAGGCGGAGGCGGCCAAAGCUGUGAAGAUGAUGGAGCUCUCUCACAGCCUGGUGCUGAAUGAGGCCGCUCUCAAACAGAUCCCCGAGAGCAAGAGGCCCGUCUUCGUCUUCGAGUGGCUCCGCUUCCUCGACAAGGUCCUGGUGGCAGCCCAGAAGGCCGACAUCAAGGAAUGCCACAAGAAGCUGGUGGAGCAGCUGACCCACCAGCUGACGGAGGCUCCUGGGCCGCCGACCCGCCGCCUCCUGGCCCGCUGUCUGGCUACCUUGUUCAGCAUCGGAGACACCUUCCUGCUAUUUGACACUGUCAACAAAUGUAACGACAUCCUCAGGAACAAGGAUGACUCGCCCAGCUACCUGGCCACCAAACUUGCGGCGGUGAGCUGCAUCGGCGCCAUGUACUCCAAGCUGGGCCGGAUGAUGGGCCGCUCCUACGAGGAGACGGUGCAGAUUCUCACCAAGUCCAUGAGGAGCGCCGAAUCCCUGAUGCGCUGCGAAGUGAUGCGCACACUCCAGCAGCUGUGUGCCGGUAUGGAUUCAGCAGCUGCCGGCGUCCACAAGGACAUCUACAAGGUGGCGCGCCACUGUAUGACCGACCGGGUCAUGGCCGUCAGAUGCGCCGCCGCCGCUUGUCUCCAGGAGAUGAUCAGCCACGCGCCGUUCCUCUACACCUCCGAGCUGGAGAGUGUGGCCACGCUGUGUUUCCGCGCGUUCGACGGCUCCAACUACGAGGUCCGCCGGGCUGUGGCCCGUCUUCUCGGCACACUGGUGGCCCAGACGCAGCUGCCGCCGCCGCCGCAUCUCGCCAAAGACGUCAAAGGCUCCGGUCGUCCGGGUGGUCGUCUCACCUCUCUCGAGGAGGCGCUGGGUCUCCUUAUGACGGGGUUCCUACGGGGCGGCGGCGGCUUCCUCCGCGGCACGGGAGAUAUGAUCAAGGGCGCGCCUGCCGUCAGCAGAGAGGUCCGCGUCGGUAUCACUCAUUCGUACGUUGUCCUGGUGGACACGCUGGGAGGCCUGUGGCUGGAGCGUCACCUGGCCACCUUCAUCGGACACAUCCUGGAGCUGGCCGCCAGCCCGCGGGCGGCCGUCACCCACGUGGACUCAGUGUACGUGCGGAAGUGCGUGCUGUACAUCCUCCACUCGACUCUGGGCAGGAUGCUGGGCGAGAAGACUCAGUUCGCCGCCUGCAAAGAGCUGGUGGCCGUUGUCAGCAGACAAGUCAACAUCGACCUGGCCGCGGAGGCGUCCCGCGAGUCUCCGGAGCACAACAGUCACCAGGCGAUCGUGUGCGCGCUGCAGCAGCUCGGCGGCCUGGUACAGGGACUGGGCACGGCCGCCGGCAACCUCAUCAGCGACAACACUGUCAACCUACUGGACGCGGUAGUCUCGGUUCUGACGCACCCCAGUCAGGCGGCCCGGUUCGCGGCCGCCUGGUGUCUGCGCUGCAUCUGUAUCGCCGUGCCGUCCCACCUCACGCCGCUCAUCGACAGGUGCACGGACCGUCUGGACAGUCUGCGUAACUCGCCGGAGGCCGUGUCGGGCUACACAGCGGCACUGGCCGCCCUGCUGGGGGCAGUACACCUCUCGCCGCUGGGGGUGCCGCACUGCAAGGGAAAGGUGAUAUUUAACGUCGCUGAGGACCUGCUACGGAGCGCCGCGCAAAACUCCCGGUUGUCGCUACCGCGGACUCAGGCCGGCUGGCUGCUCAUAGGAGCCGUCUCCACUCUGGGACACCCAGUCGUCAGAGGCCUGCUGCCGCGGAUGCUGCUGCUCUGGCGGAACGCCUUCCCCCGCAGCAGUAAGGAGCUGGACUCAGAGAAGGCGCGCGGCGACGCCUUCACCUGGCAGGUAACGCUGGAGGGCCGUGCUGGCGCUCUGGCAGCCAUGCAGAGCCUCCUCCAGCACUGUCCGGAGCUGGUCACCGAGGACCAGGUCCGACGGCUGCUGGUGCCUCUGGAGGCCGCCAUCACCAUGCUGAACAGUCUGUCGACGGUGGUCAAGUCGUACGGCCAGCACCUGAAGGCCGCCAUGGCCAUGGUUCGGCUCAGACUCUACGAAACUCUCUCCCUCCUGCCCGCCGCUGCACUGGAAGGCACCCACACGCACCUGCUGCGUCUGCUGGUGGCCGAGUUCACGCUGGCCGACAACCCGGCCAACACGACCACCUCGCUGCUCCGGCUGCUCUGCCACGCAGACGAGUCAGUCAUACUCGGCUCUUGGCUCGAGGACACCGACCAGCGCAGCGUCGAAGAUCAGCUGCAGACCAACAGCGCCUCCGGCUCUGGGGCUCUGGAGCACGACUCCACCUGUCUGUACCGCGCCAGACAACAGUUACGUUCGGUGCCGGGCCCGCUGCCGCUGGGUGUCGCCGUCAUUGACCAGUCCGUCACCCUGUUCGGUCUCGUGUUCCCGCGGGUGGCCAACAAGCACCGCCUGCAGAUGCUCAACCAUUUCGCCGAGUGCAUCAAACAGGCCAAGGGUAUUCGUCAGGAGGCGAUCCAGACCAACAUUUUCUCGGCUGUGCUGAGUGGUCUCCGCGGACUGGCCGAGGCAAAAGCCACAUUCGGGGACGACAACGUCAAAAACUCGGCCACGCAGCUCAUACUGGGCGCGCUGACCAACUCGAACCCGACGCUGCGCUGCGCCGCUGGGGAGGCUCUGGGUCGAAUGGCCCAGGUGGUGGGCGACCCGCGCUUCAUCGCCGAAAUGGCUCAGAACAGCUUCGACAGGCUCAAGUCUGCGCGGGAUGUCAUCAGUCGCACUGGCCACUCUCUGGCGCUGGGCUGCCUGCACCGCUACGUGGGCAGCAUGGGCAGCAGCCAGCACCUGACCACCAGCGUCAGCAUCCUGCUGGCGCUCGGACAGGACAUGGCCUCGCCCGUCGUCCAGGUGUGGGCUCUGCACGCGCUGGCGCUGAUCGCCGAGUCGGGCGGCCCCAUGUUCCGUACAUACGUGGAGCCCACUCUGGCUCUGGCGCUCCGCCUGCUGCUCGAGGUACCCGCGGCGCACGCUGACGUACACCAGUGUGUGGGCAUGUGUCUGGCGGCGCUCAUCACGACUGUGGGACCCGAGCUGCAAGGUAACAGUAACUCGAUCGCGGCGGCCCGCUCGUCGCUGCUCUGCGCCUGUGCCGUGAUGCUGGACCACAGUGACGGUCAGGUGCGCGCGGCCGCCAUGGCCUGUCUCCAGCAGCUGCACAUGUUCGCGCCGCGCCACGUGAACCUCUCCACACUGGUGCCAACGCUCUGUAUGUCGUUGUGCGGUGACCAGCUAAGUCUGCGGCGGGCGGCCAUCAGCUGCCUACGUCAGCUGGCCCAGCGUGAGGCCCACCAGGUGUGCCGUCACGCCGCCUCGCUGGCUGCCCCGGCCGCCGGGACUGGGGCAACAGAGACGCCAGGUGUGACGAUGUCCGACACCGGCCUCCCUGGGGUCCUGUUCGGUCUGCUCGACACGGAGCAGGACGAGCGGCUCAUCAGCGACAUUCACGACACGCUCAACUCGAUGAUGCUGGCCCUCAUUGACGACAACCUGGCACUGUGGCUGCGACUCUGCAAGGACGUGCUGACAACCUCAGUCGACACUUCCACGGAGAGUGAGGAGACCAACAAUGACGAGGGAGGCGACGACGAUAUGCAGCAGUUUACAACGGAGGGCGAGCCGGAGACGCACCCGGCCAUCCCGCCGCGGUGGCCCACGCGUGUGUUUGCCGCGGAGAUGGUUCGCAAGAUGCUGCUGACCUGUGAGGGGAACAGGACCCACUUUGACCUGGCGCUGGCCAAAGAGGCACACACUGCCAACCCGCAGAGCGACUGGUUCAUCCUGCACCUCUCGGACCUGGUUCGCGUGGCGUUUAUGGCCGCCACCAGUGACUCGGACCCACUCCGUCUGGCCGGCCUGGACACGCUGCACCAGCUGAUUGACCUGUUCUCGGCGGCGCCCGACCCCGAGGUGCCCGGGCACCUGCUCCUCGAACAGUACCAGGCCCAGGUAUCGGCCGCCCUGAGACCGGCCUUCGCCGCCGACACGCCCUGUCACGUGACCGCUCGCGCCUGUCACGUCUGCUCCGCCUGGAUCGGCUCAGGCGUGGCGCGCGACCUGGCGGACCUGCGUCGAGUCCAUCAGCUGCUCGUCUCGUCACUGGCCAAACUGAAAUGGCGUGGCACUCACAUCUACAACGAGAGUGCCAUGACACUGGAGAAGCUGGCAAUACUCAAGGCCUGGGCCGAGGUAUACAUCGUGGCGAUGCGGGAGGGCGGCUCUGACCCUCUGUCCUCUGACGGUGAGCCCGCCUCCCCCACCUCCCCGGCUGACUCCACUGACCCGGAGGACGGAGGGGCGGACGACCUGCUCAGUCUGGUGCGUCCGGAGCUGGCCAACCUGGCCAAACACUGGCUGGCGGCGCUCAAAGAUCAGGCGCUGCUGUCACUGCCGCCAGAGUUCAACUCUCAGUUGCCGCACGACGGCGGCGCGUUCUACACCAUGGACACUGUGGAGGCGGCCCGGCCGUACUACCGGACUGCCUGGCCGGCCGUACUGCACGCCGCCGCCAUAUGGCUGGAUAAUGGCGGAUUCGAUAAUGUCCAGACCGAAAAGGUCGGUAUUGACGUGGAGGGCAGCACCAACCUGGGUAUCGGUCCCACGAACGCGGCGGCCGGCCGCAGUCCGGAGGACAUCAACACGGACCGCUUCCACCUGCUGUUCGGUAUCUGUAUGGAGGCGCUGUGCAACCCGCGCAGCUCGGAGCCCGUCCCGGUGGUGGUAACGUGUCUCCGCGCCCUCUGUCGGCUGGUCAGCUCCCCCUGGCCGCGGCGGCUGCUCAGCGGCUCGCCGGCGCUGACUGUCGAGCUGCUGAACGUGCAACACCGGCUGCUGCUGACCAGGGAGAGCCCGGCCGUCCACCUGCUGGUCAUGAAACUGGUCAGGAAGGUCAUCACGGCGGCCCAGGAGAGCCUGGAGGCCGCACAGCGGAGACGGCUCAAAGACCUGCAGCCGGCGAACCGGGAGCCGCGCCACCACCCGGAGUCGGACCUGCUGGGCGAGGGGGGCGCCGCCGGGGACAUCGUGCCCGGCCAGUCGGUGGUGUUUGCACUAUUGGAGGUCUGCCUGUGCCUGCUCACCAAACUGGUGCCGGCACUCAACACGGCCGCCCAGGGCAGCAGCACGGCGGCCCGGAUAGUCCGCCCACCCUCCGCCGGCCUCUCAGAACACUCCCACCAGCUUCUGAUGGAGAGUGUGGCCGUGCUGGAGGCGGUGCCGUCACUCUGUUCGCCCCGCGGCGCCCUGGCCGUGCUACCCACGGUACUACUGCUCACCACCAGCGUGCUCAGGCAGCUGGCUACCAAACCGGUCAGCGAGAGGGCCGUGCUGGCCACCCGGCCGGCGGUGGCGGCCGCUCUGCGCGCGCUCAGAGUCAUCGUGUCACAUAGGUACGGCCGAGAUGAGCGCGUCUCGACCGAGUGGUGUCAGCUGCUGGAGAGCGCCCUGGCCAAAGUCAUCGACAUGACGCGCACAUGCUCGGACGACAUGCGACUGGACGAGGUGACUAUGCUGCUGGCGAUGGGAGUAUUCAUUCUACACGCUCCUCCGUCGGUGGUGCGGGUCCCGGCGCUCCAGUACCCCUGUGUCAACGAGUUCACCACCUGUCUACAGGCCGAGAGCGUACAGGUGCGUCUGCACUGUGUGCGUACGCUGCGCUCCCUGUUCGGCCACCAGGACCGGGCCGUCUCCACGCCCUACAUCCAGGCGCUGGCCCCGCGGCUCCUACAGCAGCUGCACGGAGCCGCGCCGCCCGCCAGCCAGCCGGAGCUGCAGCUGCAGCUGGAGCAGCUGGCCGCGCUCGAACAGCUGGUCACUGUCUGUGACCCCGCACACCGAGUGCAGGUGCUCGGUCUGUACGUGCCCGUGCUGGCGCGGUUCCUCCUGGACGGAGAGACCCUGCCGGCAGCGCCGGUGCUCGUCCAGGCCCGCCAUGAGCACUGUCUGGAGAAGUUGAACACCAUCGGCCCGCAGUAUCCACAGGAGUUCAAGGCGCUGCUGUCGGGCUCGGGCGGGCUCCGGCAGCGUCUGGAGAAGGCAGUAGUCGCCAGCCAGAGUCUCAAGGCCGCCCAGGCGCGGCGGUCAGAGAUGAAGCCUGUCGCUCCGCAGGCACCGUCCGCCACCAUCAAGCUCAGCAUGGACUUCAGCAACUUCACCUGAGGGCGCCCCGCCGGAGGUACUGCUGGGAGACGCGCCGUGCUGGUGGGCGGCCUAGCUGACACGUUAUCGGCUCGCUGUGGAAUUGGAGGUUGGCCGAAUCAUGGGGACAAUUCAGCCCGGUGAGCGGAUAGGGACUGCGCCAAUCAGUCGGGUGGCAGACGGACGCUCGCUGUCGUCGGGGGUUAUGAGAUUGUCUGCUAUGUUCACUGGACCCGCGGCAGACAUCGCAUAUAAUAUGUGUUUUUAUUGGUCACUCCGUUGACGCUUUAAUGUCUAUGAGUUGUCCCUCUGUAAUGGCAGGGACGGCUGGAUGAAGUAAUGGUUGUGUAAGCACCGAUAAUAGAGAUGGAAUAAUUCAUACCACCGAAUUGUGGAGUAUUUCCGUACGGGAUGAAUCCCGUGGUAAGGAACACUGAUGGCAAUGUUGUGUAAUCACAAUCGGCUGGUCUAUUUAUGUGUAAAUGGUUUCAAUCAGGGCUCUGUUCGUUGUUAGCCGUUUGUGGCGGUUACUGGCCCCUGCGGUAUGCCCUAAUGCGAGGACUCGCAGAGUUGAUCGGAGUCACCUCGCGGCUGGUCUAAGACGGCCGCCCGUGCCAAAUGUCUGUCUCUGUUGGAGGACCUGCCCCGUGGUCCAUGACCUGUAACCUAUGACUUGUGACCCUGACCCUGACCAUUGACCUGUAACACGGCUGGCCGUGGGUCCACAGAUGCGGGACGGCUUGGCCCAGUCUUCUUGUCUCUUACAUGUAUCGUUCCCCGGCUCCGCGAGAAGGGCGACUACAGGUCACGGACCGAACUAGAGUCCUUCUAAGCCGAGUGGUACUGGACGGGGUCUAGCUGAGCUGAUUUACUGGGGCUGGGGAAUAGAGCGAUUGACAGCGUUGUGAUAAGGCCGUACCAAAGAGAGCUCGCCUCUGCGUUCGCGGCGGGUGGUGUGACCAGCCUCCGAAGGGGCUCUGUGAGCGGAGCAGUGCGAUCAUGACGGCGCUAACUAUUGUCUUGUUGGACGACUUGCACUGGAGAUGGUGUGUGGGACAGAGGGAUAGGACCGUGAAUACAUUUGUUUCUGCUAU